AUGCGAAAAGAUGACGAAACAAAGACCGAAGAGGCAAUGCAGAUAGAGGAAACUGCAGACGAUGAGCAGAGCAAUAGCGAUGAUGAUGAAACAUUCUCAAUGUCGAAAUUCCUGGCCGAACUGGUGGAAGACCUCCAACGCAGACAGCGACAAUUAUCAACGAACGGGUUUUGA